CGCCCGGGUGUCAGUCACGAUGGCGGCGCCCAGGAGCUGCGUUCUAUGGCGCUCCUGCGGCCGCGGGUGGUGGCGAGCCACGGGACACUGCAGGCUCCCCGGGUGUCGUAGAUCCUGGCCAUGGGCCACGCUGGGAACGCGGUCCUUGUCCCAGGAGAAGCGAGCCGCGGAAACGCACUUCGGGUUUGAGACCGUGUCGGAAGGGGAGAAAGGAGGCAAAGUCUACCAGGUGUUUGAGAACGUGGCCAAGAAGUAUGAUCUGAUGAAUGACAUAAUGAGUCUCGGCAUCCAUCGCGCUUGGAAGGAUUUGCUCAUCAGGAAGAUGCACCCGCUGCCUGGGACCCAGCUGCUCGACAUGGCUGGAGGCACAGGUGACAUUGCGUUCCGGUUCCUUAGUUACGUUCAGGCAGAGCAUCAGAGGAGACAGAGGAGACAGCUAAGGACUCAGCAAAAUCUAUCCUGGGAAGAAAUUGCCAAAAAGUACCAGAGUGAAGAGGAUUCCUUGGGAGGCUCACUUGUCACGGUCUGUGACAUCAACAGGGAGAUGCUAAAGGUUGGGAAGCAGAAGGCCUUGGACCAAGGACACACAGCUGGACUGGCGUGGGUGCUGGGAGACGCUGAAGAACUGCCCUUCGAUGACGACAGCUUUGAUGUUUACACCAUUGCGUUUGGGAUCCGGAAUGUCACACACAUUGACCAGGCUCUCCAGGAAGCCCAUCGGGUCCUAAAGCCAGGAGGCCGGUUUCUCUGUCUGGAAUUUGGCCAAGUGAACGACCCCCUCAUAUCCAGGCUUUAUGAUCUGUACAGCUUCCAGGUCAUCCCUGUCAUUGGUGAGGUCGUUGCAGGAGACUGGAAGUCCUACCAAUACCUUGUGGAAAGUAUUCGGAAGUUCCCAAAUCAGGAGGAGUUCAAGGACAUGAUUGAAGACGCAGGCUUUCAGAGGGUGACGUACGAGAACCUGACUACAGGGAUUGUGGCCAUUCACUCUGGCUUCAAACUCUAGCUCCUUUUCUACUGUGGAGCACAGGCUGGUCAUUUCUACUGAACCCCGGGGCCAGAUCAUCUCCCUGAUGAGACAGUAGCUGACCAUUCAUCUCCUCUUACAGCCCUUAAGACUUUGGAUUCAUGUUCUGCAAUGACCAGUGUCAGAGUCAGAAAGGAAAAGACGGACUCCUGCCACUU